AUGAAUUGGCCGCCAACCAGCUUACGAUCCUUCUUUGUGUUAAUUGUCGCCUUGACCAUCGUGGUCGUCUUUUGUUUCGGCGUCUUCACCAAGACGGCCGGGCCGUAUUUUGUGGUGUUCCCCAGCGAAGACCUUCCUAGCGUCAAUCACCUCGCACCUCGUAUUCAAACAUCUGGAUGCACGAUGCCACAGUUCGACCCCUUUGACCCGUCCGUGAAGAAGCACUUCAAAAAGGCGAACGGCAAGGCGUGCCCUGGAAAUCCCAACUUCAUCUCAACACGAGAUGGUAUACCUUUCAUCGAGAAGGCGGCCCUCUUGUUACAUAAGGUUCCCCUCGAAGAUGUGGACUGUUUUUAUCGGGAAAUAUUUCGAAACCCCCGACACUUCAUGCCAGAUAACAAGCAUUUCUACGGAGAGAAAGUCCCGCUGAAAUUCGGCGAACAUCUAGACAAAGAGUUCGUUCUCGUGGAGUGUUCCCAAAAAUCGAAGCUUACAAAGGUCUUCCACAAGCAAUUCUUGCUCAAUCCCAUACUAAAAAAAGACGUGGAGUUGCGGUGCCAGGGCGUAAAGAGAAGCACGUCACACAACUUGAGCGUUUUGAUUUUAGGUUUGGAUUCAGUGUCUAGCUUAAACUUUGCGCGGCAUCUACCCCAGACUGGAGCUUUUGUUCGGAAACAACUUAAAGCAUUUGAACUCUUUGGAUACAACAAAGUUGGAGACAACUCUUUUCCAAACCAACUUCCCCUCGUCACUGGAAUGAAAGAAACGGAAGUCUACGAUUCUGUUCUGCACACAUUCUGUGACAAACUUGACUUGAUCUGGAACAAAUACGCGGAGCGCGGCUACAGAACUAUGUUCAUGGAAGAAACUCCAUAUUACAGCCUGUUCAAUCAUCACCUAAGUGGCUUUCGAAAUGCCCCUGCCGAUUACUAUGGUCGUCACCUUUUUCAAGCCAUAGAUGUUUUUCCUAACCAAAGGAAGGUUGACGGUGUGUCCUGCUUAGGGCCACGCAUCCAAUUUGAGAUGCUGCUUGACUACCUAGCCCAGUUCAUAAAUGAAAUGAAAGGUCGACCAUUUUUUUCUUAUACCUGGAUUAGUGAGAUAACGCAUAACACUUUAAACAAUGCUGGAAAGGCAGAUCUACCUUUCCUCCAGCACUUUCAGAAACUAAACAACUCUGGAGUUCUCAACCAGACCGUGGUAGUCUUCCUCAGUGACCAUGGUGUUAGGUUUGGAGGCAUUCGAAAGACACUUAUUGGGAAGUACGAAGAAAGACAGCCUUUCGCUUUCGCGAUUUUUCCGCAGUGGUUUCUGGCAUCGUAUCCUCACGUUGAGGAAAACCUUCGAACGAACCAGAGGCGACUUCUUACCACUUUCGACAUUCACGCAACGUUGAUGGAGCUCCUCGACUUCCCUCAACAACCCCGUCCACGGACCAAGUACGGCCUCAGCCUCUUCCACGAGAUACCGGAGGCACGGACGUGCGCGAACGCUUCCAUUCCGUACCACUGGUGUACUUGCCAAACGGACGAAGGCGGCCAAGUUCCACCGGCAUUCGCCACUCUUCUUGGCGAACACCUCGUAGCUGAGAUCAACGAGCGAAUUUCGAACGAAUCAAGAAGAUGUCACGUGCUUAAGCUUGACAAGCUUAUAGACCUUAGGACCCGCCUAGCGUCGCCACGGGAGAGGAAUGCCACUGUCAAGCAUUACUGGGUCACUCUUCAAGUCACACCUGGCGGCGGCGUUUUCGAAGGAACGCUCCGAGUGAAUGAAACGGGCGGAGGCGUGUCUGUGCUGGAAGGAGUGAGCCGGCUAGAUAGCUACGCGGACUCAGCCCGAUGUAUCAGAGACCACUCGUUAGAAAUGUUCUGCCAUUGUUUUAAGAAAAAGUGA